CAAAAAUCACCACGUCAACAACCGCCAUGCCCCGCGCGUCUCCCAACAAACAUCUCCCUCAUGUCACGAACCAAGCUUAGAUGGCUUCCCUCCGCUCGCUCGGCGUCCACAAGCCCGCCGCCCUGCCAUUCUUGAUUUCUGAGUCAAUCAUCGACGAAGACGCGCCUGCCGACUGCUAUACUUGGGAGACGUACACCGACGACGAGUCUGAUGGGCCCUCGGAAGAGGAGGUCGUAACUACUGAGUAUCAUGUCGUUUGGUCGCGCGGCGGGGUCGUGCGCAAAGUCUUCAAUUUUGAGAUUGAACAGGAGAGGGUCCUCCAGGCAUUACUCACUUAUUUUCCCACCGAGGAAACAUCUGUCGCCGCUUUGCACUCGGGAGCUGGCUCUGAGUAUGGCGGACUCGACCUGUCUGGGACCUUCCUCACCCAAGGGACACAACCUACUACGGAUCCUAAUGCUGCAGUCCCGCCACCUGCCUUCAGAGUCGAGGGAAAGUCCCGAGCAUUGGUGGUAUUUCUCAAAUCCCAGGCUCAUGUCUUCUUCCUUUCUGGCGCCACACAUAUAGUAAACCUUCCCUUUGAGGUUGAAAAAGCCUUUCCCGCCGCCCGCGGGGUAAUAGUCCAGAGAAAGUUACCACCGGUGGACGCCCUUGCCCUUCUACCAACUCCGCAGCUGCCCUCAGUCCCCCCCAAUUCCUUUCUCACAAAUCCUCAGUCGUUUCUCUCUCAGCCUCUCUCAAGCUUUUCUCAGCCCCAUCGUCGUCAUGGCUCCUCUCUAGGUUCAACAAGACAUGCAAAGGCUCUUAAGCCAGAUUCUGCCAACGCACUCUUUCUUGAAGAGCUAGCCAAAACAUCCGCUGUUCCAAACAUAGAUGGACUUCCUCGAGUCUUUUCUUUCACCGAUCCAUUGGCAGAACUGGGGCUGGUGGUCAAUGUCGUCACGAGCAACGAACGCGGUGGUUUGUUGACGGCGAAUGGAUCUGGUCAUCGGCAGUUGGAGCCGAUUGACAAGUCCGAAGAAAUUAUUUAUGUCUCUCCUCGAAAUGAAAUCCGAUUUGAUCAGAGCGGAAAUGACAAGCCGCUACUCUUAGUCGUCACGGCUAACUAUAGCACCAAUGUAUUUACCAUCUGGUCUGCAGCCUACCUCGAGCCCAAAUCAAUUUCAGCUUCCCGGCGACAUCACGCCUCACUACCUGGAAAUAAGCUGCGGAGGCGCAGCUCAUAUGGCCCCACUGCCCCAGGGACAGGUGCAACGACGCCUGCCCUACGAGGUAGCGACAGGAUGAGGGAAAGCUUCGGCGGGGUUAUUCGAAGCAAAACACAACCACCGUCUUUUAAUAUCGCCUCACAGUCAAAAGAGAGGCUUUCGGACCAAGCAGUGGAAGACGCGCUUGCUUCGCAAUUGAAUCCUGACUUUGAUAUGUCUAGACAACCCAAAGAGUCGAGGCGGGUGAGCUCGUUACUAUCAAGGGCAGAGCUCUCCACCAGCUUUGACAAAACUGCAUUCCAAGAUCUCGCAACACAGCGUACUAGUCUUGGUGGGAGUUUUGGGGCCAGCUUUGGGGCCAGCCAGCGAAGUCGUCACUCUCUUGGGAACGACCGAAUAAGCUUCGGUGGUUUUUCUCAGUCACGGAAUCGAGCAUCGACACCUGGUAGUAUUACAUCACGGAUGAGCCUGGGUGGUGCUUCUGUGGACGACACACUUGAAGACAUCAUGGACGAAGACACGCUUGAUGCCUGGGAGGACUAUGAUGAGCUGGACGACCUGUUCGCCCCCCCCGAGGCUGGCGUCGAUCAAGGCCCUACGGACGGCUUGAGAAAGGAGCUUGUCAUAAGUCCGGUUGCUGAGUUAUCAAUUCAGAGAUACCUAAGGCCGGGCUUUCUUGCUUUACGCGAUCCCAAUGCAACAUCACAGGAUGCACCAAAUGUCUUUGCCUUGACGGCACCUUUUAACUCCUCGACUCUCCAUGAACGAAAACUCUUCAUCUACAUAAUGCACUCGUCUUUGGAAAAUCCCCUUGAGUGUGAGCUCUCGAUUACGCGCAAGCGCCUAACCGUCUCAAGUUUCCAAUCUAGACCUAAAAUUAACGCUCCUCAAUAUGCCUGUGUCCCGAAGCUAGUCAAGACGCAGGAAUUGAAAGACACGCUUGAUGCAAUCAAACUUGUUGACGGCCAUGUCGAGCGGGUGGUUUGUCUGGCUUCAACUGAAUCUCGCGACCAAUGUCUGUCACUGACAGCUGGAUGGGGAAGCCAUCUGCCCACUCGAUUCGCUGUUGGGCCUCUAAGGCUGUUCGAUCCUUACGCAAUACUUCGGGAUAGAUCUACAAGGGCAACUGCCGGGCUGAAGAGGACAAUCAGUGCACAGCAAGCGCUUCGGCGGGUGAUAUCACCUGGUCCAGGUGGAGUAUUUGAUAUCAUAGACGAUGAAUCUCGCAGGCAUCGUUUGCAAAUCCAUCUAGCGCCUCAAGAUCCAUUUGUGGCACGUCUCUUCCAAGUAUUGUCGACUGUCUUAUCCAACCACGUUGGCGAAUUUCUCCUUGAGAUCUGGUGGAACAUUCGCAAGUCACUCUCCACAGACCUCGAUGCGCGCGUGAACUCAGACUGGGUGGCAUUCGUUACAACCUUGUUCUCGCUAGUGGUGCCGUUCGUGGAGGAGCAGAUGGUCAGGACCACAAAACGAGGGAAGAUUUCUCAAAGGCGAACUUCAAUCCGACCCUCAAUCCAAGCAAAAUCGGAUGAGGUUGGAGGCAUUGAUGAUUCUGCAUGGCGCCUGAUGUGCAGCCGGCAAGAUUCCCAUCCUCGUGCAAAGAGUUGGGACUCUGAACCCUGGUCGUGGGUCCAACAGUCGCAUCCUGCCUCUUCCACCAUGAGCCCACCAUCUCGACGUUUGCUAGAUCGAAACGCCCCCUUAAUUGCGGACCACAUCAAAGGGAAGUCGGAUCUGCUGACGUCUUGCGCAGAACGUGCGCGACAAUUCAUGGAAUCACCAAUUGGAAAGGCAACGAACGAUCACUGGAGGCAUCUUUCUCCAUCUGAGAAGCAGGACCUGCGUACAUCUUGUCUCCCGGAAAUCGUCGUUGCGCUUCAUCUUUUUAGAGAGGAGCGCAAGUUGGACAUUCUUUCAUCAGACUCUUCAAGCACUGAAACAGGGAAUCUUGCUCCGGUUUUGGCGCAGUUAGGGCAUUGGUUGCGCUGGGAAUCGUGGGGCCAGAAGCAAACAAGCUACUAUGACUUUGACGGCGGGUCAACUGAGAAUUGGCUGUAUGAAGAUUCCAUUAUCAACUCUAGCACGCGGCUGCAUUCGCAACCAUGGGAAGCGCCUCCGUCUAUUUUGGAAUGGGUCAGCUCAGUACUGCGAUCCCAGUCAUACGUACCGUUCCCAACCCUAGCCAUUUUAAUACGGAAAUCAAAGGCUUCUCCACACUCAUCAGUCAACAUCGACGAGAUCAUCUCCGGGGUCACUCCCCGAACUAUGGCUCUGGAUAAAUUCUUCCAGGACAUUCACCAGCUUUCCAAUCCACGGAAGGCAGUAGAAUUGAUUGAGCGGUGCGGCAUCACCUCUCGAAUGCUUGCUACCCUCCCUGAAUCCGCGAGGGCACCGUUGAUGGAAGUGAUUACCAAAUGCCAGGGAAAUCCUCCCACAACGUGGUCAAGCUCACUCCUCAGGCUCAUACAGCGAGAAGAUCUCGAUUUAAGUCUAAAGCCAACCAAUGAGUUCACUCAUGACGUUCAGCAAAACCAGUCAACCUCACUGAUGAGUAUUCCGUUGAGUAUGUACUCAGGCGCUCCCCGAGAUGUGCAUACAAUAUGUCAGGGCAUAGAUCGAUCGGAGUCAGUUCAACCUAUGGCUGAAGUUGAGAGGCACUACAUAACGAGACUAAUAUUCCACGAGGAUCGGCGUUUCAUGGAGGCUUACUCCCUACUAGAACCUCUAAAGCAAGCAGUGGCCGAAUACCGACCAGAUGUCAGGUCUGAAGAGGCCGCCAUUCUAGAAGGGCAAAAGACCCUCAUGCAAUGGGUCAUGGUGCGGACGUUCUCGCUGCCAAUUGGAAGCUCGAUGUUAAAGUUCAGCAGCAAGAAGCCUCUGUUGACCGAGAAAUACCCGCUUUAUGGUUUCUCGACGUCAUGUCUUAUGAAGCCGAUGGGGAACGUUCAGACUGCCGAGCGAGCGAAUUACUCGGAAGAGAAGUACUUCUGGGCGUUCUUUAAUGCUGGUGUUGCUGCGGGUCUGAGCAUAUCGCGAGACGCUCAAGGCAUCGACACAUCAUGGAUCAUGUACAACAAGCCCCCGGAAUUAACGAACAAGCAUGCAGGUCUCCUGCUUGGUUUAGGUCUCAACGGCCACUUGAAGACCAUCGCUAAGUGGCUUUCGUUCAAGUACUUGACGCCAAAACACACCAUGACCUCGGUUGGGCUCCUGCUUGGACUAUCAGCCUCAUAUAUGGGAACAAUGGACACACUUGUGACACGGCUUCUGUCUGUUCACGUCACUCGAAUGCUGCCACCGGGAGCAGCGGAGCUCAAUCUCUCGCCGUACACUCAAACAACAGGUCUAAUGGGCAUUGGUCUGCUAUACUACAACACCCAACACCGACGAAUGAGCGAAGUAAUGCUCUCUGAGAUUGAACACGUUGAUGAACCAGAUCCAUCAGAGCCACCAGACGGUCUCCGAGAUGAAGCAUACAGGCUAGCUGCAGGCUUUGCCUUAGGCUUCAUCAAUCUAGGCAAGGGGAAAGACCUCCGAGGUCUCCAUGACAUGCGAAUAGUCGAGCGUCUGAUGGCCGUCGCAGUAGCCCCCAAACCCGUCGACAUCGUCCACAUUCUCGACCAAGCUACCGCAGGUGCCGUCAUCGCAAUUGCCCUUAUCUUCAUGAAAACACAUGACGAAGCCGUCGCCCGUAAAAUCGAUGUCCCAGAUACCCUCCCGCAGUUCGACUAUGUCCGCCCGGACAUCUUCCUUCUCCGCACUCUAGCAAAACAUCUCAUCAUGUGGGACAACAUUCGCGCAGAUCACAAAUGGGUCAUCAAGAACCUACCACGCGAAUACCAAGACUCAUAUAACCUCAGAUCCAUCUCUAAACUACGCAGCAAUCAAAUGCCCUUCUUUAACAUCCUCGCCGGCCUCCUCUGGAGCAUAAGCCUGAAAUAUGCUGGAACAGGAGACACACAAGUUCGAGAUUUCCUGAUCAAAUAUCUCGACCAAUUCGUCCGAAUCUGCAAACUCCCCGCCCUACGCUACGACUCUAAACUCGCUCGCAACACCGUCCGAAACUGUCAAGACCUCGUCGCUCUCUCUGCUGCCACCGUCAUGGCGGGAACAGGCGACCUAGAUGUAUUCCGUCGCCUGCGAGGACUCCAUGGUAGAGUCGGUCCGGAUACACCAUAUGGAUCGCAUCUUGCAGCACAUAUGGCGUUUGGCGCGCUUUUCAUCGCAGGUGGUACGCAUACGUUUAGUACGUCAGACAAAGCAAUUGCGAGUUUAAUCUGUGCUUUCUAUCCGCUUUUCCCCGUCGACGUCCAAGACUCUAAAGCCCAUCUCCAAGCAUUCCGGCACUUCUGGGUGCUGGCCGCCGAACCGCGCUGUCUGAUCGUGCGAGACGUCGAUACAGGCCGUGCGACCUCGAUGGCUAUUACAGUCCACCUUAAAGCAUCCCCCAGCUCGAACUUACCCUCAGAAAAGAAAAUGGUCGCGCCCUGUCUCCUCCCCGAACUCUCCAACAUCUCGCGCAUCGAAACAGGAGAUAUAGCUUACUGGCCUACGACCCUAGAUUUCGUCAACAACGCACACCACCUUAAAUCCUUCCGAGAAGCCCAGACACUACAUGUAAGAAGGCGCGCGGCACAUGAUAUGUACACCACCCCCUUCUCCGCCACCCUCAUCGCGCUCAACGACGCGCAAGCCUCCCGCACCGCCAACUCCCUCUUUCACUGGAUCUUCGAACUGCAGUGUCUCAGCGAAUUUGAGAAGGCGGAUCAGGGACUAGUUUUGCCGGUUGAUGCAUACAGUUCGGAGUACUUGGAUACGGGUCCUACGGAGGUGGAUACGAGACUAGUAUUGAGGAGGUUGGCGGGGAGUUGGAGGUGGAGGGAUUUGGUGGAGUUGAGGGGUGUGUUUGAGUGGGCGGAAGGGGUGGUGAGGACGGGGGAUGGGAGGGUGAGAUGGGUUGGACGGGAAGUGUUGGAGAGGUUGAGGGCGGGGGUGUUGGAGAGGGGGAGGGGGGUUGAGGGGUAG